GACCGCCCACAUCUCUACCCUUGCCAUGUAAUUAACACACAUUUUGUUUUUUGUUAGUGUCGGUUGAUGGCAAUUUAUUUUAGAUGAAUGGAGGUUUUUGUGAAGACAGGGGUUGUUUUGGUGCUGCUCUUAGUGUGUUUAGAGACAGUCAUUUGUUACCCUGAUGGAAAGGUGACAGAAGCUUGUGGUGACAUGAUGCCUCAACAUCGCCAUGAUCCCAGCACCAAAGCUCCUCCAUACAACAUCAUAGUGGACAAUAUCACAUUCAGCCCUGGUGAUGAACUCAAAGUGACAUUAUCAGUGGCUGCUACAGGGAGCACAGCAAACUUCAGAGGAUUCCUCAUAGAAGCAAGGAAUGCCGAGAAUCUUGACGAAACCGUUGGAUCGUUUAAGUUAAUAAAUUCUGCCAUAUCUCAGCUUCUUCAUUGCAGUGAUAAGGACGGCUCAGCUGUAAGUCAUACCAGCGAUUCCCAUAAGACUGAGGUCCAGGUGAUCUGGGUUGCGCCACAAGACUCUCCUCCCAGUGUGCAGUUUCUGGUAACUGUUGUCCGAAAGUAUAAGGACUAUUGGGUGAAAAUUCCAGGUCCAGUGGUGUCGCAAAAUGGUGUAGCUCCUACCCCAGCACGAACUACCAUUGGUGGUUCCAUUGGUACCAAAACCACAGUCCCUUCCUCAUUGCUGUCUCAGUCGUUCACUUCUGAGGGCUGUGGAAUCAGGAAGUCUUGUUUGAGAGAUCCAGCGGGCUGUGACCCACAAAAUGACGUGUCAUGUCACUUCCUGUCCUUCUGGACAGAGAACAGAAGUGUGAUGUUUGAGCUCAGUGGACCUGCAGAGGGUUAUGUGUCAUUUGCCUUAUCACUGGACAAAUGGAUGGGGAACGAUGACAUCUAUAUGUGCAUAAGAGAUAUAGACAAGGUUGAUGCCAAGGCUGCAUAUGUUCUUGGACGGACACAUCCAGUAAUCUCUUCAGAGAGUGUUCUGAAAGACACAGCAUGGAGGCUGUCAGAUGGAGUGAUUCAGUGUAGCUUUAGCAGAGACAUACACCUUCCAACUGACGAUCCAAAGAGGUUCAGCCUGGACCAGCCAUACUACAUCUUCAUGGCACAUGGUCGAGCUGAAGAUGGGCGAACUCAUCGACAUGACCGUCAGCCUCUGAUUUCCGCCAAUCAGAAACUUGUCACAGGACCUCCAGAGGAUCUCAGUGGCUCUCGCUCACCCCUGUUGAUCAAAUAUCAUGGAGCCAUCAUGCUGAUUGCCUGGAUGUCAACAGUUAGCGCUGGAGUCAUCAUGGCACGAUACUUCAAAUUGGAUUGGCCUGAAAGCAACAUUUUGGGGCAGAAGGUCUGGUUUCAGUUACACCGAAUGCUGAUGACCCUCACAGUCCUACUUACCUUGGUUGGCUUUGUUUUACCUUUCAUGUACAGAGGAGGCUGGAGCAAGCGGGCAGGCAUACACCCCUAUCUUGGCUGUGUUGUCAUGGCACUCACUGUCAUCCAACCUGUCAUGGCACUUUUCCGACCUGCGCCAGACGCCUCCAGGAGAUACAUCUUCAACUGGAUGCAUUUUGGAACUGGCACUUUAGCGCAGAUCGUAGCAGUUGUCACCGUCUUCCUCGGCAUCCAUCAGCAAGCUCUGCUCCUACCUGCUCCCUGGUCCACAGGUGUCCUGGCUUCCAUUGUGGUCUGGUUUGUGGUGGCAGAUUUGAUUCUGGAAGUUCACAGAAGGGGGUUUUUAUCUAUAGGGAAAUAUUUCAGAAACUUCAAAAUCUACAUGGAACGCAUUAAUUCUGAGGACAAAGAAGAGAUUCUUUUUGUUCCUGCAGAGAAUGAGACUUAUAGCACGGAAUCUUGUUUUAAAAACAUAGUUCUGGCUGUUUAUCUCUUUGGAAAUCUGGGACUUCUGACUUUUCUACUUUGGACUAUCAGUGAAGUAUGACACGUUCUAAGCAGUUUUCACAUUUAGCCUCACUAAUUGUGCCUUUUGUUCAAAUAAGCCAAAGAUAUGUGAAGUAAGGUUGACCCAUUUAAUCUUGAAAUUAGUCUAAUUUGAAAUUCAGUUUUCAUUACUCUGGAGGUAGAAGUGCUUUUAGAUGUAAAAUUGUUUUGCACUGAUUUUAAUUUGCAUUCCGGAAUGAUUUUAUUGUUUAUAUGUACUUUAUGAGUGUUGUAUGUGAUCAUGGCAUCAUGUAACAUUAACUUGCAAUGUACAGCUUUUAAUAACAGAUAAUCAGCUAAUUUAAAUUUGUCCUGUUGUUUGCUUUUGUAUCUCUUUUUCAAUGUAUAUUUUAUUUUGUGUUAUUUGGUUACAACAUCACAUUGACAAUGUUUACAUAUCGGUGAGCUUUGUUUUAAGUAAUUAAAUCACGUUUGCUGCGCAAUAUGCCUUUUUAUAAAUGCUAUGGAAAAGUGGCCCCAAGAUGUUUUUGAAUACCCUAUUCUAGAUGAGGUAUCUUCUAGAUACCUCCUGAGUAUCUGAGUGUUUGUCAUGUUGAUUUAUGGAUUUAAAGACUGUUACUGUUGACUGAGAUGUAAACAUUGACAGAAAAGACAAAUGGUUCAGAAUGUGGUUCAGAUGAAGUGGACCAGUGAUACAAGCAUUUGCACUAUGCCAAUCUUCAGAUCUAUGAUCUUUUAAAAUAAACAUUUUCAAAUUAAA